AAUCAUUUCUGUUUAGAAUGUAAACAAACUGGUGAAAUGACAGGAGCAGUUUGUGAAAAAUGCGAUAAUUCUUGAAAAAUAAAAAACCCAUGCGUUCUUACCAUCAAACACUUUCAUUCCUUUUUUUUUGUAUUUUUUAGGGUUUUGUUUUUGAGUAGUUUUUUUAUUUCGUCCUUGGUUGGUUCAGCAACACGCUCCGCCAUUUUGUUUUUCUCAACUCGCGGUAUAUGAGCUGAUAGCCUGGUAGUAGAGUAGCCAAUCAGAGCAUGCAAUUGCUCAUAUCCAGUGAAUGUGGGGAGAAUAAAGAAAUAUUUCUUGCCUUAUUUCUGCCAGAUUCAGAUUUUUUUGUUUUAGUUUAAAUAAAGCAACUGGGCUCCUGAGGGUCACAACAGAAAAGCUGUUAUCCAGAGAUUGCUAUUUUGAAUCCUGGUGAUGCCACAGCCAUCUGUGGUGAGCUAGAGAGCCAAAUUGGCCGUGCUCUCGGGGAGAGAGGCGUGGCAUUCUCUCUCUCUCUCCUGUCAAGUACAGCGACACUAGCCAAUCAUGGGUCUCUGUGAGCCUGUGUAUAUGUAAAUGGGCCUUGGAGGAAGCGCGUCAUGUCCGUCGCUGUACGGUCGUUGUUGUGUGGGUGGGAAUUGGCUGCAUUUAAAUCAAUCAUCUUUCAGUUAGUUCUCAUGUAGAAACACUUUCUGGGUAUUUUAACUUCUUCAGUAUUGGAACUGAACCUGUUCAGUGAAAUUUAUAAUCAAUAAAAUGGCACAUUUAUCUUAAAAUAUUAAGACUUUAAUCACCAAGUGAGUAACGUAUUGCCUUUUUCUCUCUUUGCCUGAUCUCAACCAUUGUAUGGCUGCUUGUGAUGCCUCGUCCUCCACUAAUCCUCCUCCUCGUCAUACUGAUUCUCUCUGCAUGCAAUUGGCCCUCGUAAGCGAAACCCCGCGAGCUUCCCGAGACUCGUCUCGAAUCCGAGGUGGUUCCGAAAGUGGCCCGGAUGACCGUCUCGGGAAAGAAGCAGACCAUGGGCUUCGACGUGCCGAGCUCCGAGGAGAAUGGCGUCAGCCCAUCUGUACGCAGACGUCCGAGCCCAGAAGUGACUGCAGUCGCAGCUCCGGAGACUCCACCCAAGGCGGCGUGUGUGGCGGAGGAAUCGGUGACCCCGACCCCGCCGCGCUCCACCAGCAAAAAUAAACAGCAGCUCAACAUCCGCGCCGAGCUGGAGCAGAGGCAGGGAGGGAAACCGCUCCUCAACCUCGUCGUCAUCGGUCAUGUGGAUGCCGGGAAGAGCACGCUCAUGGGGCACCUCUUAUACCUGCUGGGGAACGUCAAUAAACGCACCAUGCACAAGUACGAGCAGGAGGCCAAGAAAGCUGGCAAGGCGUCUUUCGCUUACGCCUGGGUGCUGGAUGAGACCGGAGAGGAGCGAGACAGAGGGGUGACCAUGGAUGUGGGCCUGACCAAGUUUGAGACCAACUCCAAAGUUGUGACUCUGAUGGAUGCACCAGGACACAAAGACUUCAUUCCUAAUAUGAUCACUGGAGCAGCACAGGCAGAUGUAGCCGUGCUGGUGGUGGAUGCCAGUCGGGGAGAGUUCGAGGCUGGGUUUGAGGCCGGUGGUCAGACCAGGGAACACGCUCUCCUCGUUCGAUCUCUUGGUGUCACACAACUCGCUAUCGCUGUCAACAAGAUGGACCAGGUGAACUGGCAGCAGUCGAGGUUCCAAGAAAUAAUUUCCAAACUUGGCCAGUUUCUGAAGCAGGCCGGUUUCAAGGAGUCUGAUGUGUAUUACGUCCCCACGAGUGGUCUUUCAGGACAGAAUCUCACCACCAAGAGCGCAGAAGCAGCGCUCACUUCCUGGUACAAAGGCCCGUGUCUCCUGGAACAGAUAGACUCGUUUAAAGCUCCCCAGAGAUCCGUGGAGAAGCCCUUCAGACUCUGUGUGUCAGAUGUGUUUAAAGAUCAGGGAUCCGGCUUCUGUGUGACGGGAAAAAUCGAAGCUGGCUUCGUUCAGACCGGGGACCGAGUGCUGGCCAUGCCUCCCAACGAGACCUGCACUGUGAAAGGUAUCAGUCUUCAUGAUGAGCAGUUAGACUGGGCGGCUGCCGGAGACCACAUCAGUCUGACCGUCACAGGAAUGGACAUAAUAAAGAUCAAUGUUGGCUGUGUGUUCUGUGACCCCAAGGAGCCCAUUAGGGCCUGCACUCGUUUCCGAGCCCGAAUCCUGCUGUUUAACAUUGAAGUGCCAAUAACACAAGGCUUCCCUGUUCUGUUGCAUUAUCAGACCGUGAGCGAGCCCGCUACCAUCAGGAAGCUCGUCAGUACGUUACACAAAACCAGCGGCGAGGUUCUAAAAAAGAAACCCAAAUGUCUGAGUAAAGGCCAGAAUGCUGUGGUGGAGAUUCAGACUCAGAGACCUGUGGCUCUGGAGCUCUAUAAGGACUAUAAAGAACUCGGGCGCUUCAUGCUGCGUUAUGUGGGUUCCACCAUCGCUGCUGGGGUCGUCACAGAGAUCAAAGAAUAAGCUGCAGCUGCACCCAGAUCCUUCAGAGCAUGCUGACUGAACUGAAGAGCCACUGAAUAGAAGUGCAAUUCCACCCAGAAACUGGACGUCACACACAAUCUCACACAUUCAGCCGAAUCCGAGUCACGAGCUCUUCCACGUCCGCUCUCGUCUCUAACGUGGGACACACUGUCCACCUGAAGGCUCGGGGCGUGUGUGUGUCUGCCUUCGAUUCCCUUCCUCGUCUCAUUCGUGGUUGUUUAACACCACAGAAGCAGUUUGUUUACAUUGACGUCCCUGAACAGACUGAAAAGCACCGUUCCAAUUUGUUUUAUUAUUUUAUGUAGCUUAAUAUAAAUCUGGAAGGAAAAACGGACGAUCUGCCCUGGCUGGGGUGAGAUGGUUUUAGGGGGCAUUGUUUUUGUUUGUUUCUUUUUGAGGCUAUUUAUGAACUAUUAUUCAUCAAGGGCUUUGACAUUACAGUACCAAAUAUGGUAAUUAUGCAUAAUAUAUCUCAAAACACCUUUCUCUCAUAUCCAUUGCUGCUGAAUGGAAAUAAACAACUGCUCAGGCCUGCACUUGUGUUUAAAAAAAAAAAAAUCUUCGAUCUACAACUGUGCACCGAACCUAAAGUAACACUACAGUCGAGACCAAGGGACUUGAAAGCACUUUGCUCAGGGUUCUCAUGGUACAGUGAGGAGACGAGGAGCUGAAGUAUCUGAAGAACCUGUCGGAGCUGCUGAGAAGCUCGAGCAGCAGUGAAACUUAGUGUUGUUUUGGGUUUAUUGAACCUGAACUUGUCCAAACAUCUGAACGCUGCUUCAGGAUGAAAAUAAAAUCAUGAACAUGGCUGCAAA